AUGACGUGGUUUAUAAAGGUGGCAGAAAGAAAGAAGCAAAGUAAAAGAGGAAGAGCGAGCGGGGGUUACAUGAUCGGGAUAAAAAAAGACUUGAGUGAAGACUGGGAAGUGAAAGAAUGGGACUAUGGUUUUAAGUUGAUAAAUAAAAAAGAGAGUGAAAUGUUGAUAACAGUUUACAAUAACGUCGGAAUAGAUGCGUUGGAAAAAAAAAUAAAAAAAGAGGUUAGAGAAAUGGAGAAUAUAAUAGAAAAGAAAAUAGUGCUAGGGGAUAUGAAUGCAAGAAUUGGAGAAAGUGAUGUGACUAAAAUAAAUAUGAUAAGUGAAAAGAAAAGAAAAUCCAAGGAAAAAAAGCUCAAUGCAGAGGGGAAUAAAUUACUGAGCUUAUGUGAUGAAUUGGGAUUAAAAAUCCUUAAUGGUGUUAAAGAGGGAGACGAAGAGGGGGAAAUAACUUUUAUAGGGGGAAAAAGUGAAAACUGCUGCUCGGUAUUGGACUUAGUGUUAUUAUUAGACAGAGGAGAAGAUGACGGAGUUAAAAAUCUAAAGAUUAUAAAGAGAAUAGAAUCAGAUCAUUUACCAAUAGUGGUGGAACUAGAGAGAAAAAAUGCUGAUAAAAAGAAAGAGGAAGAAAAUAGCGAUGUAUGUAAGGGGAUGAAAAAAUUAGAACAGGAAAGACUAGUGUGGAAAAAGGACAAUAUAAUGGACUACAGAAAUGCGGCGUAUGACGACUGGCAAGAGCGAAGAGAAAUAAGUGAUGAGUUGCAGUGGAGUGACAUAAAAGAAAUAAUACAUAAUGCAGCGAAAGCGGCAGGAAUGAGUAAAAAAGCAAACAGUGGAAAAAAAGAGGUGAUUAUAGAAAAGAAUGAUUCAAUAAUGAAUAAAGGGCAUGAUGAAAUAAAUAAAAAAGAAUUUAUAAAGGCGAAAAAAAAUUUUAAAAGUGCAGUAAAAAAAGCUAAGGAGGAGUGGUGGGGAGAAAAAAAGAACGAAAUAGCGAAAGCAAAGGACAUGAGUAAAUGGUGGGAGGUGAUUAAUAAAUUUAGAAGGAAAAGAAAAAAGAACAAAAGUGCAAAGAUAGACAUGAGGACAAACGGGAGACUAGAUGAACCAUUCGGGAGACUUGAAUUUAUAAAGGCGGUGAAAAGGCUAGGGAACAGGAAAGCUUCAGGGGAGGAUGGAAUUGCUGCAGAAUUUAUGAAAAACUUACCAAGAGAUGUACUGGAAGAGAUCAGAGAAAUAAUUAAUAAAAUGUGGGAGGAGAGCAAGUUCCAAGAAGGGUGGGAGAAAGCAAGAAUAAUUCCAAUUUAUAAGACAGGAGAUGUGAAUAAGGCGGAGAAUUACAGAGGGAUAUCUUUGCUGGACAUUGGAUAUAAAAUACUUACAGCAAUGAUGGCGGAGAGAAUAGUGCAGUGGACUGACAGAGAAGAAAAAAUAAAAGAGAGCCAAGCUGGUUUUAGAAAGGGAAGAGGAACUAGAGAUCAUGUUUUCAUGCUGAAUAUGCUGAUUAAUAACCAAUUAAAGAGGAAAGAAAAACUGUUUAUGUGCUUUAUUGACCUGAGACAGGCCUUUGAUACGGUGGAUAGAAGAAUGCUAUUAGAAAAGUUGUGGAAAUUAGGAAUAAGAGGGAAAAUGCAUAAAAUGAUAAAAGUGAUUUAUGGAAAUACGACAAGCGAAAUAAUAAUAGAGGGAACGAAGACGAGGGAAUUUGGUAUAAAUCAAGGUGUCAGACAAGGAUGUGCAUUGAGCGCGGUGUUAUUUAACAUAUUCAUCGAUGAUAUGGAGGAUGAGAUAGUGAGGAAGAACAUUGGAGGGACGGUAAUAGGAAAAGAAAAACUAUUUAUGGCAAAAUACGCAGAUGACGGAGCGGCACUUACAUCGGUAUCCGGGGGAUGGCACUUGGUUACGUUGGCAUACUUACGGCUGGACCGACUUAUCGGUGGAAAACUGUACAAUCAUUAA